AUGUUACUUGCUAUGGUUACUCCGAAGCCUGUGAUUGAUUUUUAUAAAUCUUUAGAAACGUGCGUAGAAGAGCGUGGGAAGCAAGAACAAAGCAUAGAAAAGAAUAGCACGGAGAAUGAACGAAAAGACAUGUUCCACUAUUUAUUCCAGGCCAAAGUCUCUGAGACUGGCGCUCCCGCAUUCAAUCACACCGAGCUUGUAGCGACAGCCAAUCUUCUGGUAACAGCUGGCUCAGAUACGACUGCUACUUCUCUUUGCAGCGCUUUCUUCUACUUAACGAAACUUGCAUGUCGACGAAAAGCUUGCGGAAGAGAUACGAGAAACCUUCUCUUCAGCCGAAGACAUCCGAACCCUAACCCUAACCCCGAAAUUCUAAAUGAUGGUAUUCUUGCCGGGUCUAGGAUUAAUGACCUUUAUUCACUUUUGUCCCCUGAUUUAUGGGCAAUUGGUACUCGUGGGACAAAGAAGUUCCUUUUGAUCGCACUCAUGUUGUUACUAUUAAUAAUUCUAGUCGUGAUCUGUCGUCCUGCCUCGGCAAUUCUAAUGUUGCCGUCAUUGGGCUGGUGGGAAGUUUCUAUGACGCAGACUUUGGAAUCCUUAGUCGGCUCCGCGAUCACGUCGAAGCCUUUGUUUUUAAUUGGUGCGAAUAAGUCCUCGCUUUAG